AUGGGACUUCUGUCGCGCGCUUCGCUUCCGUCCCGCAUUCGCUCCUGCCGUAGCGCGUGUCCCUCCCGUGCCUCCCUUCCCUCUCCGCCGCUCGUCAUCCGUCCCUCAUUCGCAUCGCUCACUCGAUUCGUCGCGCACUCCCCCCGUCGCACUCCCUGCCUGGACCGCAUCCUUUCAGUUCAAUGGCUCUGCCAUCGGUUCCUCGUUGCGCUUCUCCGCGUCUUCCGCCACCCACGCUUCCGCCUGCGCCACUAUGCUGGCGGACGACCUAAUAUGCACGCAGGGAAUACGCGCGCAGCAGCGGCGGAAGCCCUUGCGCUCGCGCUCGCAGAGCGCUGCCGAGGAAGGACACGGGGAAAAGGGAGGGUGAGACAAUGGGAAAAACGGAAGGGAGCAAGAGCGCGCUCGCAGGCCGUUGCCAAGGCAGCCGCCGAGUUGUCGCUAUCUGAGCUGGCGAGCAGCAUGGUGCCCCUCUCCUCCUUUCCCUCUCAGCCCCUCUCCUCCUUUCCCCCUCAGCCCCUCUCCAAGUGCAGGAAGCAGAGCAGUGCUGGAGCGGGGGCUUUGCUCGCUGCAUGCAGGUCGGCGCUGAUCGACCUCUUUGCUGGCAGUAGUGGCGGUGGAGGUGUGGCAGGAGGGAACGGCAGCAGCAGUGGCAUGGGGAGUGGGUGGAGCAGCAGUAGCAUUCCCGCGAUGCCUCUCCCACGCCUCCUCAGGGUUGUGCCAUGGGUCCCUCCCUCACUAUCUCCUUGUCCUUCCCUCAUGUUUCUCCGUCUUCCUUAUCCCAUUUCUGCCCAUCUCCACCCGCUCUUUCAUCCCAUCACCCUCCCCUCCCUCUCCCGUACGCGCUUCUCCCCACUCUCACACGCGCUGCUGCCCCUUCCGUACGCGCUUCUCCCCACUCUCACACGCGCUGCUGCCCCUUCCCUCCGCGCUGCUUCCCCACUUCCCCUCCCACUCACCGUUUCACCCAUUCCCUUGCACCUACAGCCCUUCUCCUCCUUUCGCUCGCUUAUGAUUUCCACCCUUCCGUUUCUGCCCGCUUUUCUCCUUUCCUCUGUUCUCAUUCCCACCAUUCCUCUCCUCCUUUUCCUGCAAGCCUAA